UUAUAUAGCUCAAAAUUAGCUUUUUUAGGUGUUUUGCUAGCUCACAUAAGAAAAGUUAGUCUUAAUAGAAAGUAAGUUGCCACUUAUAAUUGUUCCUUUCUUACUUGUGCCAUUUCUUCUCUCUGUUUCAUCUCUGAUUUUGUAUUGAGGAAGGCGAAAAAUCGCAAUCGAAAUGGGGAUGUUAGAUCAUAUCUUAGACUUAUGUGAUACUACCGUCGUUAAGCGUAAGAAUCGUAAGCCAUUGCAGACUGUUGAGAUCAAGGUGAAAAUGGACUGUGAUGGUUGUGAAAGAAGAGUCAGGAACUCUGUCAUUCAUAUCAAAGGAGUGAAAUCGGUGGAUGUGAACCGUAAGCAAAGUAAAGUAACGGUGACAGGAAAUGUGGAGCCAAAUAGGGUGCUAAACAAAGUGAAGAGCACAGGAAAGAGAGCAGAGUUUUGGCCUUAUGUACCUUACAAUGUGGUAUCUUACCCUUAUGCUGCUCAAGUUUACGACAAGAAAGCACCCUCCGGCUAUGUCAAAAAUGCACCUCAAGCAUUUGCUACUACUUCUGAUGCUACACAAGAGAAAUAUAUUCAGAUGUUUAGUGAUGAAAAUCCUAAUGCCUCUUGUUCUAUCAUGUAAUCUAUGGUGUUAGCAGUAAGAUUUUGACAUUAGAUAUAUGAAGGGUAUUGGGUAUAGUAGCAUGUUUUCGAAGAGCAAGAGAGAAGUCUUAUAUGAGUUACUCUAUGUCAACUGUAACGUCGACAUUCAUCAAAAAUAAUAAUACUUCUUACAAGUCUUUAUA